CUAAGAAUAGUGUUUUUUCUUUUUACAGGGCAUGGCUUCUUUAGAUUCCAUCAUGGAUGAAAAUGAAAGGAGAUUUUUAAGUAGAGCUACAGCGUUAAGAAGACCUGUCACCGACCGUCAAAAUCUCCCGACAUCUUCAGAAAAUAGCGGGCCAUCAAAUACUAAGAAGAGAAAUGCAAAGCCCAACAAUAAUAAAAUAAUGGCGCCUUCAUCAUCGAAGCGUAAGAGAGGAGAGGAAAAGGAUGACUCCGCUGGCAAUGAGGAGGAAAGGAAAAAAUCCAAGGAUGAAGGCGAAAGGGAGGAGUCGAAUGUUGUGGUAGAGAUUGAAAUGGUAAAGAAUCACGUCAAGAAUUUGAUUGGGGAUUAUGUCAGAACCAUGCUAAGCGAAGAGAACGAACUGUUCACCAAAGAGAACGAGAUUAUGAUUGAUAGGUUUAUAAAUGAGUUGAGCAAAGAGAAUCAGAAACACCAGGACUGCAUUAUGAAGAUGGCCAACUACACAAAGCUAGCUUCUUUCAAUAUGCCGGCUAUUUCUAAUUCCUAUUACAUAAGCACCGAGAUGUUGGAAGAGCCAUUGACCAAUUUGGAAAUGGAGAAACUAAAACAGAAGUGGCGCCAGCAAAAAGCCCUUGAGUUGGAAGCUACGAUUAAGCGAUUUGCAUUGAUGCAAGAAGAAAUACAAAUGAAGAUGGCCCGAAUUCGUACGGUUUUGAAUGAUAAUAGUUUUUAAGGUUUGCAUCAAAUUACUAUAGACUGAUAACUUGUUGAACAUUAGGUCUUUUUGUUUGCAUUUUUGCAAGAAGAAAUACAAAUGAAGUAGGUGUGAAUUCGUUCGGUUUUGAAUGUUACAAGAUUUUAGAAUUUGCAUCAAAUUACAGUAGACUGAUAACUUAUUGAACAUUAGGUCUUUUUUAA